AUGGUUGGAAAAUGUCAUCAUGGUAAAAAACACAUAACGGUAAAUGGCGCAUGUUAUGAAAAACUGAGCUUUAUGGAUGCAUACUCUGGUUACAACCAGAUCCUAAUGCAUCCAUCCGAUCAGAGUAAGACUGCUUUUAUUACUGAAUAUGGAUAUUACUAUUACAAAGUUAUGCCAUUUGGUCUUAAGAAUGCAGGAAUCAUACUUGAAGAUGGAAAUGGUAACGUCAUCGAACAAUCGCUACACUUUUUCUUUAAAGCAAGUAAUAAUCAGAGUGAGUACAAAGCUCUUAUUGCCAGCCUCAAACUCACAGCCGAUCUAAACAUUGCCGAACUCAAAGUGUAUUGUGAUUCCUUGCUCAUCGUCUAG